AAAGCACGACGUCAUCAUCUCCUCUGUAAAAGGUGCGCAAAACGGUCUACGGCGCUGAUCGCGCUGCAAACGACUCGGAACGGGACCCCCACAAUUUCGCCGGGUGCCCGGUGGGUGGUGGGACGAACGGCCGUUAACGCACCUGCAUCAGCACCGACACAGUGAUGCGUCUUCACACGCACGCCGACUUUGCGACAGGACGGAUAACGCGACACCGACUUGCGGUAUACGCUACACGGGCACCGUUCACGACAAGCACAAUGGUCGCAGGUGCGCUGGUCGCCGCCAUCAGCUGUUGGUUGCUGUUCGCCGCCGCCGCCGCAAAACACGGUUCCAACGAUCAUUCGGUGCAGUAUGACGGAGACCACGUUCUGCGGUACCACACCACCACCAGCAGUAACAGCGGUGAACACUGCUGCACCGGACAAUCCUCGUCAACUGCAGCCCUAAUCGCGAAUACCACAGAGAUUCCAUUGAAUGUUAUAAUGGAACUGAACCAGGUGACAAAUGUUUCAGAUUUAUUUACUAAAUUUAUGCCAGAUACUAAUAUGGAUGAAGCUCAAAGACGUUUUAUCACAACAGAUCCUACUACGAUGAUUUUGGAAAGAAAAGCAGCAUUUAUACCUAAGACGGCUAGUUGUUCUAUUGAAAGUCAAACAGUGAGUCUUAAAGAUAUCGAUGAUCGAAGUUUAUAUUAUUUUCCUUCGUGCACACGGGUUGACCGAUGCGGAGGAGGUUGUUGCAGUCACGAUGUAUUGGCUUGUCAACCAACUAAAAUCGAGAAACUCCACUUAGAAGUAUUUGUAUCGCAGUACAACAGAGCAGGAAAUUUCGAAUUCAAAGGUAGAAAAACAGUGUCAAUUGAGCGACAUUUGAAGUGCAAGUGUAAAUGUGUCGUUAAAGAAGAGAACUGUAGUCCAUUGCAGGUGUAUAAUCGCAAAGACUGCCGAUGUGAGUGCAGCAAUAAAGAUGAUGAAAAAAAGUGCAACGGUGAAUUAAAGCAAUGGAACUCUACGACAUGCAAAUGUGAAUGUCGCAAAAUUAAAGAAUGCACUUCAGGAUUUGAAUUUGAUAAUUAUACUUGCCGAUGUGAGCCUAUAAGAAUAAGAAAAGAAAAUACUGGUACUCAUUUGAACAGAAACAAAUAUUCAUUAGUAGUUUCAUGAACUCAAUUCUCCAAAAAAGCAUACCAAUUAUGUACAUUGUAUUGUAAUGAUGUGCGCUUAGCCAUCAUAAUAUAUCUUAAAUUUUAAAUGUAUAAUAAAUAAUAUUCAAUAAAAUACAAUAAUAUAUAUAAUAAUUGUAAUAAUAACAUAUGUAUAAUAAUUAUAAUAAUUGAUAGCUUUAAAUAUAAGAUAAAACUCACACAUAUGCACAUAUACACUUGCACACACUCUUAUCUGUACAAGAAUUAUAUGUAUAAGGAGACUGGUAGUCGCCGUCAGGGCGCUGUGUGUUGUUGCCGUCUUUUUGUAUAAGGAUUCAUAAGCGAGUGUAAAAGACUACGCAGAUCGUUAUAUAAAAGGCGUAUACAAUUAUUUAAUUGUAAAACAUUUGUUAAAAUAUAAUUCAUGUGUUUGUAAAAUAAAGUUAAAUAUAAAUAAAUAGUUAAUUUAAGGAAAAA